AUGGGCACUAGGAAGGUGGAGAUGCGCAAAGGAGUAUGUAGGAGAGUUGUACUGACUAUACAAGUGGUUCAAGUGAGGGAGGCUUUUCUCCCAUUGGAGUUAGGGGGGCACGAACUUCAUCGUGGGGAUGAAAUGGUUGUAGACCUUGGGAGGUACCAGGGUCAAUUGGGGGGAUCUAAAGAUGGAGUUGGUGAUGGAAGGAAGAAGAGCGAUGAUCUGGGGAGAUGCGGAGUUGUCCAAGGCCAUGAUGUCUCUCAAAAGCAUGGUGGCUCUUUGGGAGGAGUAUUGAUAGACCGUUAUUUUCAGAGGCUGGCAAUCAGAAUGUUGUACGGUCCUGUUGUUCCUUUGAUAGCUGAUGCGACUAGAAAAUCAAAGUUUAUCAAGUGCACGGAGUCAAUGUGGAAGUUAACAUACUAUGCUAGUGUGCAGUUGUGGGUAAUUUCAAUCCUUAAAAAAACAUCUUGGGCCUUGAAUACAAAGGAGUAUUUUAACGGGUGGCCGAACCAGGAUUUGGGGUUGCCAAUGAAGCUAUUCUAUAUGUGCCAGUGUGGAUUUUAUCUUUACAGCAUUUGUGCUCUUCUAGCAUGGGAAACCCGAAGAAAAGAUUUCUCUAUUAUGUUCUCCCAUCACAUAAUUACUUCAGUUUUAAUUGGAUAUUCCUACUUGUCAGGUUUCUUCCGCAUUGGAACUGUAAUUCUCGCCCUUCAUGAUAUGAGUGAUGUAUUUCUAGAAGCAGCCAAAGUUUCCAAGUACGCAGGGAAGGAGAUGGCAGCUAGCCUAUUUUUUGCUUGCUUUGCUAUAUCCUGGUUUUUGCUGCGACUAAUAUUCUUUCCCUUUUGGAUAAUCAAAACAACAAGUUACCACUCUAUCGAGUCAUUGAUGAAGCCAGGCCUAUUUCCUAGAUCAUCAUAUUAUAUUUUCAACGUUAUGCUUUUAACGCUUUUGGUAUUCCACAUCUACUGGUGGAAACUCAUAUGUGCAAUGAUUAUUAGACAACUACAAAAUCGAGGAAAAGUGGGGGAGGAUAUUCGUUCAGAUUCUGAAGAUGAGGAAAGCCGACAGACAUGA